AUAGAUUAGAUAACUUGACUUCAGUCAUCUCACUAUUAAUAGAUAGCUUCAGGAUCUGACUUCCAAGUUCUUAACUACAACAAUAUUUUUUCUCUUUUCACUCCAUCUAGGCCUCUGUUUUACAGUUCCUGUAGUAGAUCAUGCUUGAUCCUAAAUCCAGAUUAUUAAUCAUGUUCUUGCCCUAAAUCUGAAAUGCUUUUUAAUCUCUCUUCCAUUUAUGCUUACAGGACCCUGCUAAAAUCAGUCUUUUUGAAACCUUCCUAAUGACCACCACCUUCCUUGAAUUUCCCAUAGCAACUCUUGCUGUAUCAGCCUCCCAGCUGCUAGUUCGCCGCUCUUCUGUGCCUUCAGCCUCGGAACAGUGGCUCCAAGGUUGCUCAGCGUACGCCUUCGCGUUCGGAAUACACUCUGCGUAUGACAGCCCGGCCUCACGGUGGUCUCACUAUGGCAGGUACAGCGCGCUUCCCACGCCCCUCCCGCCGCGCUGCCGGCCGGAGCCGCCGCCGCUCAGCCACCCGCAGGGCCUCGGGCCGGGCGGCGCGAGCCGCGCACGAAGACGGGCCGCCGCCCAGAGCGUCCCGCCGCACGGCCGCUCUCGCUCUCCUCGCUCUCUAUGGUCAGGAGCGCCCGCCCCUCCGCCGCCGGAAAUGGUCAGGUUCUCUGACGCUUGCGCAAGGCCAGAAGUAGUUCCGGUUCCGGGCUGGUGAUUUUCGUUCCUGCAGUUCGGUGGUCGCGGUUGGCGGGCAGUAACUGGCAACAUGCUGCGGAAUCUGCUGGGUCUUCGUCACCUUGCCCGGAGGACCAUAAGUACUGCUUCCCGCAGGCAGUUUGAAAAUAAAGUUCCAGAGAAACAAAAACUAUUUCAGGAGGAUAAUGGAAUUCCAGUGCAUCUCAAGGGUGGGAUAGCUGACGCCCUCCUGUAUAGAGCCACCAUGAUUCUUACAGUUGGUGGAACAGCAUAUGCUAUAUAUCAGCUGGCUGUGGCUUCGUUUCCCAAGAAGCAGGACUGACUUCAGUGUAUCGUCCCAGCAGUCAGUUGGUUCAGUUUCAUUCAGCUCUCUGUGGACCAGUAAUCUAAGAAAUAGCUGAAUAAUUCUUUGGGGAUCAAUAUUUAUUGACUUGUACUAACUGCCACCAAUAAAACAGUCUUUACCAUG